AUGUUCGGGUCGAAAAGCCUCAUCGCGGGGUUGCUUCUACUGCCCCUCCAGACUCUAGCACAGCUACACACAUCCUCACGAUGGAUUUUGGAUGCAAACAACAACCGUGUCAAGUUACGCUGCAUUAACUGGGCUGGUCAUAUUGACCUCGGAAUUCCGGAAGGCCUGAGUAAACAGCCUAUUGAUACAAUUACCAGCUGGAUUGCCGACAAUGGCUUCAAUUGUGUUCGCCUUACGUAUUCCAUCGACAUGGCUUUGAACCCGACACAAAGCGUUUCAAACUCAUUCACUGCGGCUGGCACAGCAUGGAAUGUCGAGUCCCAAAUGGCCGAUGCAUACAAUGCAGCAGUCGCGCGGAAUCCUUUCCUUGCCCAGGCAUCUACAUUAGACGUCUUUGCUCAUGUUAUCGAUAGCCUUGACAGUAAAGGCGUUAUGACAAUUCUGGACAAUCAUGUUUCCAAAGCGAGUUGGUGCUGCAAUCUUACCGAUGGAAACGGCUGGUGGGACACUGCAACUGGAUACAUCGCGUCGAAUAGUCGAUACUUCAAUACCACCGAAUGGCUCUCAGGCCUCGACGCUAUGGCAACGUUUGCACUGGAUCAUCCGGGUGUUGUGGGAAUGUCACUUCGAAACGAGCUUCGACCGUUCCCUAUUCUCCAGGACCUCACACAUAGCGAUUGGUAUAAUUAUGUGACUCAGGGAGCACGCACAGUGCACAAAGCCAAUCCGAAUGUCCUUGUUAUUAUUGGCGGGUCGCAGUCUGCUACCGACCUCUCCUUCAUCAAGACCUCGAAUCUCGACUUCUCUCAUUGGGCGGGCAAGCAUGUGUGGGAAUUCCACGCCUAUUCUUUCACAGUCACGUUCCCUGGUAACACCGACUGCACGGUAGCCGAUGCGGAGUACGGCUUUUUCGACGGGUUUCUACUGACUCAGAACGAGUCAUAUACAGCACCCUUAAUCCUGUCCGAGUUUGGUGUUGGUCAGAGUGGUGGUCCAAACUCCGGUCUAUCUGACAAGGACUACGACUACUUGCAAUGCUUGGUAAAAUAUAUGGAAUCGAACGAUGCGGAAUGGGCCGUAUGGGCUGUUCAAGGAAGCUAUUACAUCCGUGACGGUACUGUCGAUUAUGAUGAAGCGUGGGGAUUGCUCAAUCAUGACUGGUCUGGUUCGAGGAAUGGUAAUUUCUUGGGGAUGCUGGGUCAAAUGUGGAAUGUGACACAGGGGCCCUAG